GGAUUCACAUCACCACACACAUAUACAUUCACAAAUCAAACUACAGACGAACCGACUAAGAUAUUGAGCUUUUGGUAAAAGAUCGACUCUACUUUGGAGCUGUAUAAAACUUUAAUCAGAACAAACUGCCAUAAACAAAAAGACACACGGCGGACUGCGAGAGCGAGCACUCGCAUCAAUCACGCAAAAUGCUGCGAGGCUUCACACCUUCGCACUGAUCGGACUCGGCGCGUUUCGUAAGUCAUCGCUGCGUUCCGUCGAUCUGUCGAACAGCCACUCGGACACUACUUUCCAAUAAAAACCUAUUUUAAAAGCAACCUCUCCUGUCCCGAACACAUUUAUCAGUAUCACUGACGCCUGUGGGACCUUCUUCAGCUGUGCCGUCAUAAACCCCGCUGGUUACCGUCACUUUUCAACAUGAUCAACACCUUUUGCCAAGGGUAGUUGAGAGCAAUGGCACCUUCUUGUAAACCUUGUGAACUGGAUAUUUGCUUCUCCCACCUCAAGUAAGAGUCAAAGACAAUUUUCUGUAGUCAAGAUGCAGAUUGUUUCGGCUGUUUUGCUCCUGUUCUGUUUGCACAAGUGUUGUUGGAAGGUCACAUGCAGAAGAGUCCAUAUUCCAGAGCUUGUGGACUGGGGAGAAAACGAGGAGCACCCCUCCCCCAAAAGCGCCAGCCCCCGUGUUCUCAACCCCCUGCGCCUUUUCGCCCGGGGAUCCCCUGGGUUCAAGAGCAACAGGAGGGAGAUUACAUAUUUGGAAAACAUCGAGGACUCCUGGGACUGGUUAUCUAACCAGACAGAUGUCAGAGAGUCGCAGAGCAGGACUAAACGCAGACCCAUCGUGAAAACGGGCAAGUUUAAAAAAAUGUUCGGCUGGGGUGACUUCAACUCCAACAUCAAGACUGUGAAACUAAAUCUCCUCAUUACAGGCAAGAUAGUGGACCACGGCAACGGCACGUUUAGCGUUUACUUCCGUCAUAAUUCCACGGGCCUGGGGAACGUCUCUGUAAGCCUGGUGCCGCCUUCCAAGGUGGUGGAGUUUGAGAUCGCCCAGCAGUCCACCCUGGAGACGAAAGACUCAAAAUCUUUCAACUGCCGGAUCGAGUACCAGAAAACGGACCGCAGCAAAAAGACUUCACACUGCAGCUAUGACCCGUCCAACGUGUGUUACCAAGAGUCCACCCAGAGCCACGUGUCCUGGCUCUGCUCGAAGCCCUUCAAAGUCAUAUGCAUCUACAUCGCCUUUUACAGCACUGACUAUAAACUGGUGCAGAAAAUCUGCCCAGAUUACAACUACCACAGCGACACGCCGUACGCUUCCACGGGUUAAGAUCCGGUCCAUCCUCCACAGUGAGAAUGGUCAACCUCAUUUUCACCAUGUGUUCAUCUGAUUUAGAAGCAAUUAAAAUAAAUCCAGAUGUUUCGCAUUAGGCUACAUUACUGGCAUGUGCUUCAACCUCUGCCUUUGCCUUUUGUGAUACGGCAGUCACGACGUUUGAUGGCAAAAUAACUGAUCAAAGCUUUUGUUUUUGGCUGUAAACGUCCCACAUCCCAUCCCGUGGUUUGAGUUCUGUUGGGAAUUUUUUUCCCGAAAACACACCUUUCUCUAUUUGUCAAGCUAAUAAAUCACAGACCUACAGAGGAUAGAAUAUAAGUGAAACACCUUUUUAUUGUGAGGUUUAUGUGUGUGUUAGUGUGUGUGUGUUUUAUUGAGCAAUGUGUUUGGCACUAAAUUGUGGAAAGCAUUUAUGCAGUUGACAAGGUAAAUGCGAACGGGUUAAAUCAUUCAGCAAAGACAUCACAUACAAAUUACUCUUAGUCAUUUUGCAUUUCACAAAAGAUCUAUGUGUGAAUUGAGAUUUGUGUAUAAUUUCAAAGAGUAAUUUGCGAUGUCUCACGAGAGCACAAUUCAUUGGACAGGUGGAUUUAGUGAAUCUGGCAGCCGGUUAACAACCCUUUGUCAUGGUCUCGCCACAGAGAUCCACAUUUCCAGGCUCUAAUUAACAUUAAUUAUAGUGGGAAAUUUCACUUACAAACCAUGACAGAGGGGACCGAAGCCAAAAACUGAAAUUUAGCAUGUCAGUCAUGUAGCAAACCUCUAUUCAUGCCAGUGACUUUGGACUGGAAUUAAACUCUUUCGUAUCUUCUGUUCCUCGAAAAGAGAGUAAAUACAGACAUUUAUGCAAAUGCACAUGAAGUUGUAAUUUAAUACAUUAUGUGAGUCUGCCUUAUGGGAGUCUGUCAUAAUUUAAAACAGUACCUGGAGAUCAGUUGAAGGAAUAAUUUUUGUUUUCACAUUAUAGUCUAAAUGUCAGUGUGUCACAAUGAACCAGUUGAAAUGCCAUAGUCUGAUAAUCAGAACUGGAAUUCUCAGGUUCCAUAUGUGCGUGUGCGUGCGUGUGUGCCUAACAGAUUAUGGCCGUUUAUUUUAUUCUCAUAUCAGGGCGACUGAUCUGGAUCACAGUUCUGCUCGAAGUGAAGAAUCAGAUGGAUUAUUAAUUGUACUGAUACUCUAAUUGUCUUGCCACACGAACAUUAGCAUCAAGAACAUGUUGAUACAAAGAUAGCUGUUUAUAGUUGUAUUUAGUUUAUAAUCCUGUGUGCAAUUUUGUGAAUAGUGUAUAAAUGUGACUAUAAAACCGUUGUGUAUUUUGCCUUUUAAUGAUGAAUUAGUUUCUUUAUUCUCUCAAUACAGCAUAAACAGUUUUCCUACGUUUGGUGCUUGUCACAGCUUUCCCCUGGUUUCACAGACAAGGCUUGAGCCUAGUCCCAGACUAAAAUGCACAUUUGAGCUGUUUUAACUGAAAGAAACUUGCACUGACAUAUCUCAAAAUAUGUCAGUGCCAUUGUUUUGUCUCAAGAUGCACACCAGUAAUGUUUUUUUCUAAGGCGCAUUUAUAAAAGCUACUUAAAUGUCCUAAUUAAACUUCUGGCUUAAUCUAAGCCCUGUAUGUGAAACCAGGCCUUUGUUUUUCACAACUGCAAAUUGUACGCUUUAUGUCCUCAAUAUCUGUAAAAUACAAAAAAGCGCUCAAGGAAAAUACAUUUGAGCUGCCAGCUUUCUUUUACUUUUAUUCAAUAUGACUGUCACAAAGAAAACCAUGAAGCAUAUCCAGACUAUGUGAGAUUUGUAGUGAAACAUAUGCUCCGUCAUUUUUUAUGACCACAUAAAACACUGAUUCUUAAAUCAGUAAUAUAUCUUGCAAAAUCACAUUACCUCUAGAUAAAAACGUUACACCCUGUGAUAUGUGCUUCGUUUCUUCAAGCUCUAAUACAUGAUCAUAUUCAAUAAAAAGCUUUCUGAUGUAUA